AUGUUUAUACUGUUGUUUCCUGUUUACAUUUUGUUGCUUUUCUACGAGAAUGAAGUAUUGGCUAUUCGAUGUUAUCAGUGCGAUAGUAAUGAAGAUGAUUCGUGUCCAGCCGGAAGAUUUUUCGAUACUAGACUUAAUGCAAUGAUAGAUUGUGGUAGUUUUUUAUCACAUUCACCUGGAACAUUUUGUGUAAAAAUUUAUCAAGAAAGCACUGGUUGGCAUUCAUGGAUAAAAGUCACACGGACUUGUGGUGCACGAACUGACUAUGGUUUAGCCUGGAGCUGUCGUUAUUGGUUUGAAGCACAAGGUGUUUACAAAGAAGUCUGCUACUGCCAAGACAGAGAUGGUUGUAAUAAAGCUACAACACUAUUCAUGAAUAACAAAGUUAUUUUACUCUUGACACUAUUUUUAUGUUUUAUUUUAUCAACAAAAUCGACUUUUUUGUAA